GGCGCGGCAGCGGCCAGGCGGAGCUGGAUGGCGGUCUCGGCGGGCGCCAAGAAGGCAGGGACCGAGGCGCUGCGGGCCGCUGGUGCGGACGUCUCAGACGACGAGGUCGCGGGGCUCGUCCUGAAGGUGCGAUCGACGUUGAACGCGGGGCGGGCCCCCCGCUCGAAGCUGGACGAGGCGCGACGGCUGGAGGCAGCGCUGGACCCGGUGGCCGUCCGCCUGGCUUUGGGGAACCCUGAGGUCCCGGGCUCCGAGAUGGCCGAGGCCCUCUGGGGGUUCACAGAGGCCGCCACGUUCUCCACUCAGGCGGAGAGUCGGAUUCGACGAGUAGCCGCCGACACCGAUGGCUGGGAGAAGGUCGCGGACCGGAUCUGGGCCCGAGCCGUCGGCGAGGACGGGGACACGCUGCCCGCCGACUGGGUGCUGCACCUGGGCAUCGGUCUCUUCCUGUCCAGCCUGGUGGUGGUGCUGUGGGCCGACUCCGGGCGGCACCGCCUGGCGGGCGCGGCAGUGGGGCUGUGCGGGACCUCCCUGCUCGUGCGGCGCGUGCCCGAGCGUGUGACCGCCUGGUGGACGCGCUGGGGGCGGCGCUCGGCCUUCGCCGCGGCGCUCAGCAGCGGCGGGGACGGCCUGGACCUCGCUGCCGACGAGGACGACGGCGCGGCCUGGGGCGCUCCGGGGGCCCCGACGCCCAAGGGGAGCUGCGCGGCGACCGCGGAGGCACCGACGGGCCCGCUCCCCCCGCCUGGGCUCGCGGCGCUGCCGCCACCGCCUUGGGCCCCACCUGCCGAGGGCGCGGGCGCGGCUGUCGCGACGGCGAAGCCCGGCUCGCAGGACCUGGCGGCGCUGCGUGCUUUCGCCCAGGGGAGCGAGGUGCCAGGCCCCUUCAGCCAGACGGCGGCCCUGCAGCAGCAGCAGCAGCAGCAGCCGCAGCCGCCGCCUGAGGGGGCCGUGCCAGCGGCUGGGCUCAGCUUCCACGCGCCUCACGCUCCUGCCGAUGCUGUGAAGCUAGGGCGAGAGGUGCAGAUGGUGCUGGCCACGCUCCGCGAGUUCCAGGCGCAGGCUGCCACGAACGUGUACUGGGCCUGGCACUUCUGGGAGAGAAUCGCGGCCGUGGACGGUAACCUGGGGCUGCACCCUGACCUGCGACGAGUGCUGCAGACCCACGGCUACGCGGGCGCGGGGACGAAGUCCCCGCCAGGAGGGUCGCUGCCGCAGGAGCUGGACGCGCUGCUCUCCUCCGCCACGGCGCCGCACGGCGCGGGCAUGCAGGCCUCCCCCGGUUGGGCCGUGGCCCCGCAGACCCAGCAGCAGCAGGAGGACAGCCGCUGGAACCUGAGCCUCCCGCCAGAUCUGAGGCGCGCGGCGCCGGAGAUCUACCGCACCAUGCGGGGAGCGGGGGCGGCCAGCGCACGCGACUGGCUGUCGCAGGAGGUGACGGGCCAGCGGCACACGCCGGUCUGGACCGAUCUGUGGACCGCCGCCACCAACGUGGACUACUUGCUGGGCGGGUGUAAGACUCAGUCCGAGCUGCUCACCCGCCUGGCGUCCGACGACGCGCUGGAGCUGCACUUGAGGCGGCUGGCGAGCUACGUCUACGAGAUGCGGACGAAGGACAAGGUGGGGGCGGCGGCAAUGUUGGCUGUUCGCCCGCCCGGGUCGGCCGCCGACUUGGCCCCCACCUGGCUGGUGACCGAGGCCACGACCCACAGCAAGGCUGAGCACCAGCGCGACGAGAGGGUCCACGCCGCCAGCAAGCGCGACGGCCGAGGUGCCCCGCCGCCGCGGGUGCAGCCUAGAAUGCCAGUGGCGGGUUUGCCUGGUUCGCUGACGCGGGCCCUGCAGUGGAAGGAGGCCGAGGCCCGGUUGAGGACGCGCUGGGCUCGACGCAUGCGCGUGUGGCGUCGGGCCUGCGGGCUCAUCGAGCUCAUGAAUGGGAUGGACCGCGGAUCCCUGGAGGCGAGACCAGCGGGCCAGCGAGAGUCGAGCGACGACGAGAUGAUGCUGGCCUGGCGGCUCGUGCAGCAGUACGCGCUACAGGACGCGGCGCGGUACGAGCGCGACUGCCGGGGGCUUGCCCCGACAGGCGGUCAAGGGGCGGAUCUUGCCUGCGACAGAGGACCGCAGGACGCCUACACUGGAGUGCGCAAGGGUGCGAGCAGGCACGUGACGAUGUGCGCAGCGGCGGUGGCAGAGCCACCUGAUGACAUGGUCGUGGACCUGCUGGAGGCGCUGCCCGACGGCGAGCGCCAGUAUUACUCGGACGAGCGGAACGUGCUGGACUACAGCGGCAAGUCAGGGGUCAUCUUCGAGGACGGGGGGCUGGAGAAUGGCGACUGCGUGGAUGCCGGACCUGAGGACGCUCAGCAGCAUCGCUACGACGACGACUGGCUCGGGCAGCAGUCCAGCUGCCGCGCCGCGCCGCCUAGCCCGGCGGGCUACAGCGUGGCAGAGUGGAUAGAGGCCGUGAAGCGGGCGAAGAGAGCGGACGAGCGGGUGAUGGUGGUGAUGCAUCUCUUCGCUGGCCGUCGGCGGCGUGGUGACGUUCAGGAGGUGGUAGAGAGGCUGGCGAAGGAGCGGAACUUGAGGGUGAUCUUCCUUUCCGCCGAUCUCCUGGACGACCCGCGGUGGGACCUGGCCAACCCCUCCACUUUCUCCGCCUUGAUGGAGUUGUGCGAGGGCGGCUGGGUGGACAUCGUGCUGGGCGGCCCGCCCUGUUCGACCUGGUCGCGGGCGCGCUACAAUCGUCGCCGACCUGGCCCGCCGCCGGUGCGCUCGCGGCUGCGCCCCUGGGGUCUGCCAGGUCUCAAGGCCUGGGAGGCCGCGAGAGUCGCGGAGAGUAACACCCCGACGCUGAACUUGUUGGCGCUCUGCGAGGCGUGCGGCCAGAGUGGCGGCGCCUUCCUCAUCGGGCACCCGGAGGACCCAGGGCACGCGCCCUACCCAUCCAUCUGGAACACGAAUGAGAUGCUGAUGGCCGCCGACGGGCUGGACGGGCCGCAGAUGGCCUUCUACCUGCACGUCGACGACGGCGUGGUGAUGGCAGGGGGCAGCGGCUGCGGCCCACGGGCCACUGGGAAGAUGCACCAGCUGGCGGACGCCCUGGCCGAGGCCGGCUUCGUGGUCACCGACCGCACGGAGGCCAGUGACAUGCAGAAGGUGCUGGGCUACGCACCGCAGGCGCGUCCAGCGCAGCUGCGCUUGCCUCCGAAGAGGGCACGGGAGCUGGUGCAGCAGCUGGAGGCGAUGGGCGCCACCCGCGCCCUCCACACCGAGGAGCUGCGCUCGCUCUUGGGGGUGUGGAUCUGGGGCGCACUGCUGCGACGCGAGCUGCUCUGCAUACCCAGCGCCGUCUUCAGGCUCCUGGAGAGGUACCCGCACCAGCGGGUGAGCACCUGGGCGACCGUCCGCAGGGAGCUGCGGGCCAUGGCUAGGGUCGUCCCGUUGAUGUACGCUGACCUGGGAGCCCCGCCAGCGCCCGUGCAUUUCGCGGCGGACGCCAUGGGCGUCAACGUGGAGGACGACGGCGGCUGGGGGACCCUGGUGACCGACAUGGGCGAGGACAUCGCGAAGGACUUCAUCAACACGGGCGGCAACUUGGGCUACACCGUGGCGAGGCUGGACGGCGAGCUCACUGGAUUGCGGCGCCCCGAGCAGGUCAUCAGACGGACGAAGCCCUUCAGCCUCCUGCCCGAUCGCGUGUUCAAGCCCGACGAGGACUGGACGAUCGUAGGAGCGGGCAGGUGGCGUUCGGCCGACCACAUCACGCUGGGCGAGGGGCGCUGCGUCGUGAAGAUCAGCAGGCUGGCGGCCGCCACUCCUGCCCUUCACCGCACCGUGCUGCCGAUCCUGGAGGACAACCAGCCCGUCUCAGGUGCGGUGAGCAAGGGCAGGAAGCUGGACAGCACUUCUGUUGAGAAGGUUAAGCCGCACACCCUGGCGGCCUACAGGGCGGCGGCUAUGAAGUUCGUGACCUACCUGGACGAGCACGGCUUCGUCCCCGACGGGCCCGAGCAGUGGGACGACCUGCUUGUCGAGUACAAGAACGACAUGCAGAUGACCAAGUGCAACUUUGAGUACGCCGUCGCGGCGGUGGGGCUCCUCUUUCCCUAUUCGCUCGUCGACUACAGGCAUCGGCUCAAGCAGUUUGAAGCAGCCCUGGGCCUCGACAUUCACUGGACGCCUCACUCGGCGCGCGCAGGGUUCGCCAGCGAUUCCGUGGCUCGUGGCGUCCCCUUCCAGGACAUCAAGGAGGCGGGGCGGUGGCUCACAGAGUCCAGCCUCCGCAUCUACGUGGACGUUGUCACCGCCUCCCGGGUCCUGGCUCAGGCUGAGCAACGAGGGAUCGCCCCGCUCAUCCGCGAGGCGGCCGAGAAGCUGCCCAAUUACUUCCCGGAGGGCAUCUUCGGCGAGGGCGAGGGCAUCCAGCAUGCCGCCAGCGGGCUGGCGCAAGGGCCAGGACGGCGCCUGGGUGCUGCCUGCGCAGGGAGUCCCACCGGCGCCGCUGGCGGGGGGCCGCCGGGUGGCCUCACCAGCGCCCCGGGCGGCGCCAGCCCAGCCGCCUGCGCCAGCACUGGGCGCGCUGGAGUGACGUGGGCGGCGGUCGCCGCCUUGAUGAUCGGGUGGCGCUACGUUGCCGGGCCGCUCGCCCACCUCGGGACCAUGAUGGGCGUCGUGGCCAGCGUAUCCGUCUCGGCUGGCAAGGUGGUCGACAGCAGCCUCGGGGCAGUCAUCACGGCUGCGCAAGGCGUGUCCGACUUCGCCGUGACGUCGUCCCGCAGCUCGGCGAGCCUCCUGCAGGAGGCCUGGCGCGGAGUGGACAUCACCGACCUUCACGUCCGCCAGCGCCACGCCGAGCGGCUAGCGGACGACCCCGAGAUCCUGCAAGACUGGAUCCAGCGCGAGUUCCUGUCAGGCGAGCCCCGCCCGCCGGGGGCCGAGCAGGUCGCCACCGCGAUCUCUGAGGCUUCGGUGACCAUACCCCACAUGGCAGAGAGCUGGCAGAUGCUGAUCUGGCCCGGUCAGUACCGCGAGCUGCACAUGACGCUCGACUUGCUGCCUUCCGGGUUCUACGGAGUCCAUAUGGUCGAGAGGAUCGUCAACUUCACCGUUCAGUGGAGUAACCCAAUGUGGAGUAGCCUCGACUGCGACAUCAGCUCAGAAAGAGAUACAGUCGUGGCUCAUAUCAACUCCACCUUGGCCGGGCUCCCGCUCCCUGAGAUCCGCUAUAUGUCCAUGACUGAUCGUGAAAUCCAGACUGCUAGGCUCCCAGGCGCCUGGAUCAACAUGGCCCGUAGGCUCUUUCGUGCUGUAUAUAUGGCAGUAAAGAGUGUCCUGCAGCUCAUUUUGUUCGGAGUUUAG